AUGGGCAGCUUCAACAACCUGUACGCAUUCAUCAGCAAUCGUGUCCUCCUCCGGACCAACAGCGACGACAGCGACUGCAGCAAGGAGAGCUACCACCCCACCAAUACCGACUACAACCGCAACAGGCUGCACCGUCGCAGCUACAGCGAGUCCACCUCGACAUACUCGCCAAAGGAGGCGAUCCAGCGGAUGUUCCCUUGCGAGGAACGACACUCGUUCAACCCCCACUACCAGCACAAUCUCCACUCUACCUUCCCCUCCUACUCCACUCCACCCUCGCUCUCAUCCUCACCCACAAAUUCGUCUCCAUCAUCCACGGCCUCUUCCGCUUCCCACUCAAUGUCUGCAGCGGGACAGAAGGCAUAUUAUCAAUAUACCCAUCCAAGGUCUGCACGGCAAUGCUUCCAGCAACAGCAAUUGCAGCAGCAGCAGAAGCAGCGGCAACGCCAUCACCGCAGCUUCAGCUACAGUCGCCAGCAGACCCGGCGACAGUGCCAGCAGCAUUAUGCCAACCAGCAGCAACAUCUCGAUUGCAUGGAUGACGAUCUUUUGAUCGGCUACGAUAACCAGCAAGUCUAUUACGGAUCUGGCGCGUCUGCGUCGAUGAGCCGCGUCCAUCCCAAUGGCUCGCCCUCGUACUCCCCCUUCAGUUCGUCGUUUGAUCGCCACCAAUCCGAGCCGCAACAGCAGCGCCCGCAAAGUCACAUCUCAUCCACUUUCCGAGCGUCGGAGACCAAAAGGGGAUCUCCUUCUUUACCUGCAGAUGCAGCUGCAGCUGCAUUUUCGUUAAAGAGCAGUAACCACAUCCACAACGGUCAACAUAUCCUACCAAGUAUCUCCGAAACUACGGCAUCCUUGCAUAUGAUUGAGGAUGACGCCGACGAUGCAGUCGAUGCAGCCCUCGAGUCCUCACCUAUGCCCUCGACCACAUCCGCAUCGAUGACAGCCAAGCAGUCUCUGAUGCGCAUCGCGCGCUGUGACCCUCGUCAGGACAAUUGGUGUUCCUCCCAGUCUGGCCAAUGGACCCGCCACUAUGCCGAGACGCGUUCCUCUGGCAUCGUUGCCGAUGGCCGACGUGCCCGACGCCUGUGA